GCUAUUGCUUCAAUUAGUUCAUUCUUAUGUCUUACAAGGGUGGUCCUUCAACCUUGUUUGGCAACGCCGCAAACUUUGUGGCGCCUUUGUUCGCUCUUGUUGAAAGCGCAUACUAUAAAUUUUUUCGAAGACUUAGUUGGAGAGACAGCGUAGAGGUUUUGACCCAACGUUUGUCGCUGACGAGUGAAGUAGAGUUGAAAGAGACCUGUAGGUCUCCAGUGUCGUUGUGGUUUCAUGGAGCGUCGCUUGGCGAGACACGAACUGCUCUUGCUUUUUGUGCUGCUGUUUUACGGGCGCUAGACAGAAAGAACGCUGUCUUAUUUCCUUAUGAAAAUAAUUUCCAAAUAAGAUCCCUUUUAUUUACUUCUGCGAACGUUGCCGCACAAGAGCCAUUGUUAAGAGGCCUUGACUUCCUUAACAAGACUUCGUUAAAGACAGGAACAUCAGCAGAGUUUCAAAGAAGACUAGUACCAUAUGACUGUCCCAGCUGUGUGAACCGUUUCCUUUCGAGGUUCUUGCCACGAAACGCGAUAUUUAUAGAGUCAGAACUUUGGCCGACCCUUUUACAGGAAAGUAAGAAGAAGGGAGUCAAACUGUUUUUGCUGGACGGCCGACUUUCUCCAGCUUCGAAAGAACGUUGGACAAGCUCGGCUUUCGGAACAAGUAUGUUGAAGCAGAUGUUGACCUCGUUUCACUUCAUUGGAGCCAGAAAUGAGGAAGAAGCUUUCUUUUUCAAACAGUUUGGAUGUUCCAACGUCAAAGUCAUUCCUCCCUUGAAAGUCUUGCUGCCUUCGGGAUCAGAGGGAGACUCGGUAAGUUUGCCUACACGGUUUGGACCGAGUUGGAUGGUAUGUAGAACAGUUCAUAAAAUAGCCUCCUUAAAGAGCUUGCCUAAGGGAAUAAGCACGCACGAUCCCGAAGAGAUUUCUUUAUUGAGAGUACAUAAACGUCUGUGUACAACUUGGAAGUUGGAAAGAAAACCUUUGCUUAUUCUGGCUCCUCGACAUGUCGAACGCACAUCAAAAAUUUUUCGUGCAGCUCAAUUUAUCGGUUUUAAGCCGAGCGAAAUCGCUGUACAUUCGCGACAUUCUCUUUCGGAUAAUGUUAGUCUACUAAUAAUAGAUUCAUAUGGCGUUCUAUCGUCGUUUUUUCAACAGUGUAAAGUCGUAUUCGUAGGCAACUCGCUGGUUCCUCCCGGAGGUGGACAUAAUAUUGCGGAGCCAUUGCAUUACAAAUGUGUUGUUUUACACGGAUCUUAUAUAAAGAAUUUUGUUGAGACUUGGCGCUACUUGAAUAUUUUCAACUCUUCGAGUCCUGUUACUUGCAUGAUACAGAACGAGGAUAAUUUGUUCAACAGGAUUCAAUACUUUCUACUUCAUCUAGAGAAAGCUCAUGAGUGGGGAGAAAUGGGCUACACUUCAGUGAAAGAGGCUGAAGAAUUUGUGGUUUCCUCAGUGCUUCAUGAGUUGGUUUUUGAACCUUCGACGGCCAUUUCUUAGGAAUUUGCUUUGAUAAGACACUUUCGACUCAGAAGCGUUAAAGGUAGACUCAUCAGUGUUUCUAAAGUUAACAUAAAAUUUCCUGGACAGGAAAUGUAAAAACGUAAUCAUUCACCUGGACAGACAUAUCAUAUAUGAAACUGAUUUAUCAAGUUGUGCAGUGAAACUUCCAAUUUGCUUUAGGCUACAUUCAUCGUAGAAAGCAUUAGUUUUUUUAGGUUAUAGAAUUGAAGAUACGAAGAAGGAAUUUGGUUGAAUGAAAUGUAUCUGAGAAACACUGAUCAGCACUUUUAAAAUUGUAAAUUUGCUCAGCACAUGGUAACAUUGUUUGAAACCCUAAGGAAAGAGGUCAUGUGAAUACGUUAAAGCAGUUUUUAUUAUAUAAAAUCUACAGCAAUUAUCAAUUGGUAUUUGUUCUAUAGAAGAUCUUGUUUCCAUAUAGAAAGUUUCAUAGGCAAUAUUUACCUGUAUGAAUUCUGAAAACAACUCUUAUGAUAGUAAACCGGACAGCCACUGAUAUAGCACAGGUUAUGAAAUGCUUUUUAUAGUUUGCAAAAAUUCGGAUCCAAUUGGUUCUUUUUAGAAUAAAUUUUUUCAAAAGCGA